AUGGGCAAGCAGAGCGGUGCCGCGGUUCCUAGCAACUGGCCGCCGGGCCUCCCAUACCUGCUGCAGCCCUCUCACGCACCCCACCUAACCAAGGAGCAAGUGCAAGCGCUCAAAACGCGGCCUGCCGACCUCACGGCGGAGGUGCCCUCGAGCCUCGCCAGAGGCGCCUCGGCGCUGGCCAGGAUCACGCCCAUCACGGACGCCUCGCACCCGGCGUGCGGGCAGGCGGGCCUGUUUGCCGCGCGGGCACUCCCAGCCGGGUCGCUCAUCCUGCCCUACUACGGCGUCGUGCACUCGGCGCUGCCGCCCCACAGCGCCGCGCACGAGCGGUCGGACUACGACCUCUGGCUGGACCGCGACGCCGGGGUGGCCGUGGACGCGGACGCGGCCGGCAACGAGGCGCGCUUCGUCAACGACUACCGCGGCGUGCGGCCGCGGCCCAACGCCGAGUUCCGCGAGUGCUGGGACGCCCGCGUCGGCCAGAGGUGCAUGGCCGUCUUUGUCCUGCCGGCGGGCAAGGCCGCCGGCGCCGGCGUGGGGAAGAAGGCCGCUGCGGGCGGCAUCGCCAAGGGUGAGGAGAUCUGUGUCAGUUACGGCAAGGGCUUCUGGGGCAAACGGAAGGCAGAGCAGGAAGAGGUUCACGAGCCAACCGGCUAG